AUGCCCCUCGACACAUCCACAUACUCGCUCGCCCUCCUGCGCGUGGACGGCCGUCGCUGGAACGAACUCCGCCGGCUUCACGCCCAGAUCCGCACACAGGAUGCCGCCGACGGAUCGUCGUAUUUCGAAAUGGGCCACACAAAAGUCAUGUGCGUAGUGACGGGCCCGUCAGAGCAGCAGCAGGCGCAAGUGCAAGCGCAACGGCGAGGCGCACAGGCGUCGGGCCGUGACGCCGCUUCCAUCAUUGUGAAUGUUGUCAUUGCUGGAUUCUCAAGUGUCGACCGCAAGAAGCGCGGGCGAAACGAUAAAGAGGGAGGGAGGGAGAUAGAGCACCGCGCGCUGACGUGGCGAGGGUACGGUAGACGUACUCAAGAGAUUGAAAUCACCAUUGCCAAAGCGCUUUCCUCCACCGUCCAUACACAUCUCUUCCCGCACUCUUCCAUCACGGUGUCGCUGCACGUCCUGUCACAGGACGGCUCUCUCCUCGCCGCCCUGAUCAACGCCGCGACUCUUGCUGUCAUUGACGCCGGUAUCCCAAUGACUGACUAUAUUGCUGCUUGCACCGCCGGAUCGACGUCUUCUUAUGCCGCCGGCGACGAUUCCGCCGAUCCUCUGCUCGAUCUCAACAACCAGGAGGAACAGGAGCUUCCCUUCCUCACGGUGGCGUCGCUUGGCGACAGUGAUCGUGUUGUCGCUCUUGUCUGCGAGAGCCGCGUCCAGGUCAGCCGUCUAGAGGGCAUGCUCGUCGUUGGCUUGGACGGGUGCAAGCAAGUCAAAAUGUUUCUCGACAAAACUAUCAAGGACAGGGGAGUCAAGAUGAUCAAGGAAGGCGCUGUACAGCGAAGCGAUACUAUGGCCAUGGAGUUGGAUGAGUAG